AUGGCGCACUUGGUCAACCCCCUCGCGACGCCGGCGCAGCUCCUGAACAGGUCAACCCUGUGGUCCAUGCCGCAGGACCUGCAGGAUGUCGUCUUCUCGUCGACGCAGUGCCUCACGCAGGCGGCCGGUCUGCUGCUGGAGCUGCCGCAGUCGGUGACGGCGCAGGCGUGUGUCGUGCUGGCGCGAUACUGGCUCAUCGAGUCGCCUAUGGCCACCGAGUUUAGUGACAUCUCGGCGGCAGCACUCUACGUGGUAGCCAAGAUGGGCCCCAUACCACGAUCGCUACGCGACGUGUCGAACGUAUACGCCUACCUCACAUCACACAAAUCCAAAAGACUACUAUUCGCCGGGCGCGACCAGGACCAGACCGCGGACGACGCCGGGGACGACUUCUACCAGACCGAAAGCGAAUACUACGACUUCCAGAAACGUCUGCUCCGCCUAGAGGUGCGCAUCAUGCGAGCCCUCUCGUUCGACACGCACGUGUCGCUUCCGCACGCCCUGGCCAUGACGUACCUUCAGACGCUCGAUUUCCUGUCCGGCGACGACGACGACAAGGAAUCGAAAGACGGCAAGCGCUGGCGCCGCGCCGUAUCCCUCCGGACGGUGCAGCACCUCAACACGGCCCUCGUGUCCCCGCAGAUGCUCUACCUCACGCACCAGCCCCACGCGCUGGCCACGGCGGCCGUGUACUGCGCCGCGCGCGACCUGUCGGCCAAGAUGCCUCAGUGCCCCUGGUGGGAGGUGUUUGACGUGGACCGCGAGGAGCUGGGGUUCCUCGUGGUCGCCCUGCGGAGCGUGGAGGGUAUACUGGUCAAGGCUAGGGGGGACAUGCCCUCGUUGGUGGACGGAGAUGUCGUCACCAGAAGCAAGGUUCGUAGUGAGCUGGCCAGUAGGGGCGGCGGCGGCGGCGGCGGCGGCGGCGGUACCGGUGAUGAUGAGGAUGAUGUCAUGCGCAUCAUGGAUAGCCGGUGA